AUGGUUGUUCCAAUUGCUAAAACACUAUCUGACCUCUCCAAACUAGAGCCACUUGACGGGACCAACUAUAAACGAUGGUCACAAAAGUUGCUCAUAUUUUUUGAACAAUUGGACAUGGACUAUGUGCUAUUCCAGAAUCCACCGGAAACUACAGCUGAAAUCUCCACUCUUGCCAUUACUGCAGCGGCAAUUCCAGCAGAAGGGACGACUACAAAAUCUGAGCACGAGACAAAACUGAAAUACGACAGAACGACUACAAAAUCUGAGCACGAGACAAAACUGAAAUACGACAGAGAUAAUAAAACGGUGAGAGGUCAUCUACUGAAUCAUAUGAACAAUUCCCUGUUUGAUUUAUUUGUCAACUAUAAGAGUGCCAAAGAAAUCUGGGCUACAAUGGAAGCAAGAUACAGAGGUGAUGACGCUGGAAGAAAAAAGUACGUCGUCGGCAAAUGGCUUCAAUUUCAAAUGGUUGAUGAGAAGCCUAUAAUGGACCAAAUCCAUGAGUACGAGAACCUAGUAACUGAAGUGCUAAGCGAGGGCAUGAAAAUGUGUGAAAUUUUACAAGCCAACGGUACUAGUGGAGAAAUUCCCUCCUACUUAGAGUGA